AUGCCGCCAGCCAAUCCAGGCCCGGCGUCCCUCAACCUUGGGCUUUCUGCCGCAUCUAUAUCCAGCUCUGUUGUCCACAUGGCUGGGCCACCCGUCAUACAUGAAGGACAGACCAGCAUCCAGCUGAACCAGACCCGUCGCAGUCUUCUACUCGAUGAGAUGGGUACUACAUUCCAAGAGCUUGAAGCCUCCAUUCUCGCCCUCUGCCUCCAGUUCAACCCUCCCAGAAACCUGAGUUUGAACAAGAAAUCUGACAAGCAUAGCAAAGAAUCCAUGUUUGGCUUGUUCAAAAGACGACACCUAGCGCACCAGCAACCCCCUGAGAGCAGCAGUCCUGGUCAGCAGGACAGUGGCCAGCAUUUGCUCCCUGAGUCUCUUCAGGAGGUCAGAAACAAAUUUGAGGCCCUAAAAGCCCAGUACACGGCGUUGGUGAAGGUGAUACAGUCGUCUUUGAACGACGCCGGCCAGACAACUCCUACACGUCCGUCUACGGUUGAAGAGGAACACCAUGUCCAUAUCCCACGAACGACUUCGCCUACAACACGCAAAUCAUACCGCGACUCUGUUGCCACCACAGCCAGUGACAGCUUCGUUGAAUGGUUCGACGCUGUCGAUGAAGGCCCCCAAGAGUUCGUCCUGGACGUGCCUUCUGAGCCGCCUAGCCGAAUACUCUCCGUCGACAGCGAGGCAACUACUGAUACCUCCAGCGUCGACACCGAUCUUGAAGAGCCAACCGCCGUCACUUCACCCAUGAUGGAGAGCUUGCCUGCUCUGCCAAGUCAAGUGCACGUCGUCCGUAGAACUCAAUUACCAUGCCUGGCGCCGAGUGACGAAGGAAGCUUAUUUGCUAUACUCAAAAAGAAUGUCGGGAAAGACCUCUCAACCAUCGCGUUCCCGGUGACCUUCAAUGAGCCAUUAACAAUGCUUCAAAGGGCUGCUGAAGAGGUCGAAUAUUACCACCUUUUGGAUGAGGCUGCCCGUGCGACAGAUCCAAUCGCCAGGAUGUCAUACGUGGCUGCAUUCGCAGUAUCUAGUUAUGCGCAUACCAGGCAUCGGACCGGUCGUAAAGGAUUUAAUCCGAUGUUGGCUGAGACCUUCGAAGACGUCCGAAUGAAGUUCAUAGCAGAGAAAGUCCGUCAUAACCCCCUUGAAAUUGCGUAUCAUGCGGAAGGACAAAACUGGGAGCUAAGCGCAACAACCUUUGGCAAGACCAAGUUCUGGGGAAAGAGCUUGGAGAUCAUUCCGCUCGGAACGAAUCGCCUCAAAAUAGGAACAGAUGUCUAUGUUUGGAAGAAGCCAUCUUCUUUCGUGCGGAAUCUCAUGGUCGGGACGAAAUACCUGGAACAUUGUGGCAAAAUGACCAUCGAAAAUACCGCAACUGACCUACGUUGCGUUGUGGAUUUCAAGCAGAAUGGAUACUGGGGACCCACCAACGUUGUGUCGGGAACAAUACACUCCGCCGAGGGCGACGUUGCUGCUCAACUGGAAGGCAAGUGGGACGACCAAGUGUCUCAAAUGCUCGAUGCGUCGACUUUCCACGUCCUCUGGAAGAUAGCGCAGUUCCCGAAGAAUGCUCCCGAAUGCUACGGAUUUACGGCCUACAGCAUUACUCUCAACGAAUUGACGAGCGAUCUCACUGGCUACCUUCCUUCGACCGAUUCUCGGUACCGUCCAGAUGUCAGGGCACUCGAGAACGGCGAACUUGAUCUGGCGGAAGAAGAGAAGCUACGGGUUGAACAACUGCAGCGCGAUAGAAGAAACAGGGGCGAAGAAUGCCAACCGAGAUGGUUUAAGCAAGUUGGAGAGUCAGAGUGGCAAUACAAAGGCGGUUACUGGGAAGCGCGGGCUUGCAGAUGGAAAGGAGAGAAUAUCCGACCCCUUUGGUAG